UCUCCCUCUCAAAAUUAAAGAAAAUUAUCCUACUGAUUCAGUGUAUCAAGCCAACCUCAAAACCCUAAUCUUCUCCAAAAGCCAUUGCUGGGUUUCUCAACAAUCAUGGGUUUCCGAUAAUGGAGUCGUUUUGAUCGCCCGUGUGCAUGGAUGAGGAUUGACUCUGUGUCCACUUUGAGUGAAGGCAGAAUAAUUAUAUAUUCUCUGGGAAUAGGUUAGCUAUGUCUCAGUUCUGGGAAUGUAGUAGUUUGGAGUGAUUAUGUUUAACAGCCCAAGUUCAUUUAGAGCCAGUUGUCUCCAGGGAGAAAUUCUAUAAUGGAACUGACAGAAAAUGUUGUUGAAGGCUGCUCUUACAGAAGCAUGCCACAUGAACUCUGGUCACUUGAUGAAGUUGAUCCAAAGAAGUCAAAGUUUCCAUGUUGUAUUGUUUGGACUCCACUCCCCGUAGUCUCAUGGUUGGCACCUUAUAUAGGACAUAUUGGCAUAUGCCAGGAGGAUGGGGCUAUUCUGGAUUUUGCAGGAUCCUAUUUAGUGAACAUAGACAAUUUCGCAUAUGGUGCUGUAGCCAGAUUUCUUCGACUUGACAGAGCACAGUGCUGCUUUCCUCCUAACUUGGCCGGCCACAAGUGCAAAAGUGGGUACAUGCAUGCGGAGAACGGAACUGCAGUCAGUUGGGAUGAUGCACUGAGCUCAAGCAUGCGUAACUUUGAGCACAAAUCCUACAACCUUUUCAACUGUAACUGCCACUCAUUUGUUGCGAACUGUCUGAAUAGGCUCGCUUAUCGUGGGUCCCUCGGAUGGAACAUGGUUAAUGUGGUUGUUUUGAUACUGUGGAAGGGGCAAUGGGUGGAUGCCAUGUCAGUUGUGAGGUCAUUCUUUCCCUUUGCUCUGGUGCUUUGUCUGGGAUUACUGAUAGCUGGGUGGCCGUUCGUGAUCGGAUUGGCAUCCUUCUCUGUUCUCCUCAUGGGUUGGUUUCUCAUAGGUACUUACUUUUCCAAAACUCUGUUAGAGUGCUAGAUCAUUGUGUAGCACUCCGCAGAUUUCUUUGAUAGAAUGAUGGAACAGAUUUUUAGCAUCCAAUCUUAAGCUUCAUUGGAAUGCCUUCUCACAUCUGUAAUUGCAAUCUGGGAACAUGGAGUGAGUUGCAAGAGGUUAUUUUGAGGAAAAUUGUAAUUGUUAGAUAUCAAGAGAUGGAUAGAGUCUUGAAUAAAACAGAUAAUUGUUU